GUGCUCCCCCUGUCCUUCUAGCCGAACGUGCAUCCCGCUGUGGGGACGACCGGGCCAUGGCAGCCCUGCUGAGACCUGCCUGUUGGCUCCUCCGUGCCGGGGCGGCCCCGCGCCUCCCCCUGCCCCUGCGCCUUCUCGCGGGCGGCCCGAGCCGGCCGCACGCCGCCCUCUGUCUGCCCGCCGCUCGCCCCGGGCCCGCCGCCGGAGGGCUACUGAGCCAAGCCAGGCUAUAUGCCAUUGCUGCUGAAAAAAAGAAUUAUCUUCAAGAGGAGCCCAUUUCUUUGCAUAGAGGGAAUGCCAGUCAGUUUGAUUGGGCUUUAAUGAGACUAGAUAAUUCUGUCAGAAGAACUGGCCGCAUCCCUAAGACUCUUCUACAAAAAGUCUUUGAUAACACCUGCCACUCAGGCAGCCCAGGUGGUAAUCAAGCCUUGCUUCUACUGCGCAGCUGUGGUUCUCUCUUGCCUGAACUAGAGCUCUCAGAGAGAACAGAAUUUGCUCAUAGGAUAUGGGACAAACUUCAGAAAUUGGGUACUGUGUAUGAUGUAAGUCACUAUAAUGCUUUACUUAAAGUCUAUCUUCAAAAUGAAUAUAAAUUUUCACCAACUGCCUUCCUGGCAAAAAUGGAGGAAGCAAACAUUCAACCAAAUCGAGUGACCUACCAGAGGUUGAUUGCAGCUUAUUGUAAUGUAGGAGAUAUUGAAGGUGCCAGCAAGAUUCUUGGAUUUAUGAAAACUAAGGAUCUUCCAGUCACAGAGGCAGUAUUCAGUGCCCUUGUUACAGGGCACGCAAGAGCUGGAGAUAUGGAGAAUGCAGAAAAUAUUCUCCCAGUGAUGAAAGAGGCUGGAAUUGAGCCUGGUCCAGACACAUACCUAGCAUUAUUGAAUGCAUAUGCUGAGAAGGGUGACAUUGACCAUGUUAAGCAGACUCUGGAGAAGGUGGAGAAGUCCGAUCUUUACCUUAUGGACCGUGAUUUAUUGCAAAUUAUCUUUAGCUUCAGUAAAGCUGGGUAUCCUCAAUAUGUCUCAGAAAUUUUGGAAAAAAUUACAUAUGAAAGAAGAUAUAUUCCAGAUGCAAUGAAUCUCAUUUUGCUUUUAGUCACUGAAAAAUUGGAAGAUACGGCAUUGCAGAUUUUAUUAUCAUGUCCUCUAUCAAGGGAAGACGGUCUGAAUGACUUUGGCAGUUUCUUUUUACGACACUGUGUGACUAUGAAUACGCCUGUAGAGAAGCUGAAAGACUACUGUAAGAAGUUGAAGGAAGCUCAGAUGCACACAUCUCCUUUGCAGUUCACACUCCAGUGUGCUUUACUGGCCAAUAAGCCCGAUUUGGCAAAAGCCCUAAUGAAAGCUCUGAAGGAAGAAGGUUUUCCUGUCAGAACUCAUUAUUUCUGGCCGUUGCUAGUUGGACAUCAGAAGGAGAAAAAUGUUCAAGGUAUAAUUGAAAUCCUGAAAGAAAUGCAUGAAAUGGGAGUAAAUCCUGAUCAGGAGACAUACGUAAAUUACGUGUUUCCAGCUUUUAAUAGUGUAAAAUCAGUUCAUGCUGUUUUGCAGGAAAAUGGAUGUCUACCUGAAAGUAAUAUAUUUUCUCAAGCUGAAUUGAGAAGUGAAGCAGUAAAUGGAAACUUAGACUAUGUUUUAUCAUUUUUGGAAUCAAAUACAUUGCCUUUCUCAUUUAACUCUUUGAGAGGCAGCCUAAUUCUAGGCUUUAGAAGGUCUAUGAAUAUAAAUCUUUGGAGCAAGAUAACAGAACUGUUGUAUAAGAAUGGACGUUAUUGCCAGGAGCCUCCAGGACCAACGGAAGCUGUUGGCUAUUUUCUUUAUAACUUGAUUGACAGCAUGAGUGACUCAGAGGUACAGGCCAAGGAGGAGCGUUUGAGACAAUACUUCCAUCAGCUGAAGGAGAUGAAUGUAAAAAUUCCUGAAAAUAUCUACAGAGGCAUUCGUAAUCUGCUGGAUAGCUACCAUGUUCCUGAGUUGAUUAAGGAUGUUAACAUAUUGGUCGAAAGAGAGAAGAUCGACUCUCGAAAAACUACGCAGCUUACAUCAUCGGAUUUGGAGUCCACACUUGAAAAACUGAAAGCUGAAAAUCAACCUGUAGGAGAUGUCCUAAAGCAACUCAUCUUAAUGCUUUGUUCAGAAGAGAACAUGCAAAAAGCUCUUGAAUUGAAAGCAAAAUAUGAAUCAGACAUGGCUGUCGGUGGCUAUGCAGCUUUAAUAAAUUUGUGCUGUCGACAUGAUAAUGCAGAAGAUGCAUUGAACCUGAAACAAGAAUUUGACCGUUUAGAUUCAUCUGCUGUCCUUGACACCAACAAGUAUGUAGGCCUUGUAAAAGUAUUGGGAAAACAUGGCAAGCUCCAAGAUGCUAUUAACAUUCUAAAGGAGAUGAAAGAGAAGGAUGUUCUUAUCAAAGAUGCAACAGUCUUGUCCUUUUUCCACAUCCUAAAUGGUGCAGCUUUAAGAGGUGAAACUGAAACAGUAAAACAGUUGCAUGAAGCCAUCGUGACUCUAGGGUUAGCGAAACCAUCCACCACCAUAAGUUCCCCAUUGGUCACUCUUUAUUUGGAAAAGGAUGACGUACCUGCUGCUCUUGAAGUUGCCAUUGACUGCCAUAAGAAGUAUAAAAUAUUACCAAGGAUUCAUGAUGUCUUGUGUAAGCUGAUAGAGAAAGGCGAGACUGAUCUAAUUCAGAAAGCAAUGGACUUUGUGAGCCAAGAACAAGGUGAAAUGACAAUGCUCUAUGAUCUCUUCUUUGCCUUUCUACAAACAGGAAAUUACAAAGAGGCCAAGAAGAUCAUUGAGACUCCAGGCAUUAGAGCUCGGUCUACAAGACUUCAGUGGUUUUGUGAUAGAUGUAUUUCAAGUAAUCAGGUGGAAACUCUAGAAAAAUUAGUGGAGCUGACACAGAAGCUAUUUGAAUGUGAUAGAGACCAGCUAUACUACAAUCUUCUGAAACUAUAUAAAGUAAAUGGUGACUGGCAAAGAGCUGAUGCUGUCUGGAAUAAAAUGCAAGAAGAGAAUAUUAUUCCUCGUGGGAAGACGUUAAGAUUAUUAGCAGAAAUCCUUAGAAACAGUAAUCAGGAGGUUCCAUUUGAUGUACCUGAGUUGUGGUAUGAGGAUGAAAAACGUUCUCUGAAUUCUUCAUCACCCUCACCUGAGGAAACUGAUAUCCAGAAAGAUCUACUGAAUGCCUGCCGAUCGAAAAAAAGCAAAGAUGCAUAUCAUAUUUUCCUAAAAGCACAAAAGCGAAACGUUGUGUUUAACAGUGAAACUUAUACCAGUCUUAUAAAAUUACUGUUGACAAAGGAUACUUUUACACAAGCAAUGCAAGUAAAAGAUUUUGCUGAGACCCACAUCAAGGGCUUCACACUGAACGAUGCUGCCAACAGCCUCCUCAUCAUAACGCAAGUUAGGCGGGAUUAUUUGAAAGAGGCUCUAACAACGCUAAAAACCGCCUUGGAUCUGGAGCAGAUACCUUCCAGGAUAGCAGUGACCCGCCUUAUUCAGGCAUGUGCCUUGAAAGGUGAUGUGGAAAGCAUACAAGAGAUUCAGAAGAUGGUAAAUGGACUCGAAGAGUCCAUUGGACUUUCAAAUAUGGUUUUCAUCAAUAACAUUGCUUUGGCACAAAUAAAGAACAAUAACAUAGAUGUUGCAAUAGAAAACAUUGAAAAUAUGCUUACUUCAGGGAAUCAAACCAUGGAACCCCAGUACUUUGGCUUGGCAUACUUAUUCAGAAAAGUAAUAGAGGAGCAGCUGGAACCAGCAGUUGAAAAGAUAAGCAUCAUGGCAGAGAGAUUGGCCAAUCAGUUUGCAGUUUACAAACCUGUCACCGAUCUCUUCCUUCAGCUUGUGGAUUCAGGCAAGGUGGAUGAUGCCAGAGCUCUGCUACAGAGAUGUGGUGCAAUUGCUGAACAAACCCCAAUUUUCGUGGUGUUCUGUAUUAGGAGUUCUCGGAGACGAGGAAAGGCACCAACUCUGAAAUCUUUAUUAGAAUUGAUUCCUGAAUUAACUGAAAAGGAAGAAGCAUACACUUCCAUCAUGAAAAGCUAUGUGUUGGACAAUGAUGUCGCGUCUGCUAAAGCGCUAUAUGAAAAUUUGACUGCAAAGAAUAUAAAAUUGAAUGAUCUGUUUCUAAAACGUUAUGCAGUUUUUCUGAAGAAUGCUGGAGAGUCUGUCCCUUUCACUGAACCCCCUGAAAGCUUUGAAUUUUAUGCAAAGCAGCUAAAGGAAUUAAGGGAAAACCCUUUGUGAAACAAGCAACCACUACUUUGUUUUGUGUGUACUUGUAAUUCUGUGUCUAAAAUGUUAUUCUUUAAUGUAUUUGAGAGGACAAAAUAAAUAAAUGAAAAGUUA